CGACGAUGGGCAUAAAUAAUGGCUCGUCUUGUCUUUUUAAGUUCCUUCUGAUGGUGCUUUUCGGGCAGGUCAACUUUACGACAGCAUUUAUCUGGACGGAUUUUGAACGACUAAGUGAAAGACAACCCACCAAAACGACAUGGAGUUUGAAACUGAGCGCCCAGACGACGGCUUGGUUUCAUGGGAAAACGAGAAACGUGAAGUCAUUGAUGCCACCAAGUUCUCUUCUUGGCGAAAAGCCCAUAUUGUAUGCGCCGGGUUCACAUGCACUUUCAAUGGUAACCUGGGGUCAUCGAUGCCCUCGGGCGCUCUUGACGCCAUCAGCGCCCAAUUCGAAGUUACCGAACACAUCCAUCUUAUUCUUCUCAACUCGCUCUUCAUGGUUGGCUAUGUUAUUGGCCCUCUCGUCUUUGCUCCACUCAGCGAGUACAUCGGCCGCCGGCCAGUCCUUGUUGGCACUUUUCUGGGAUACCUUGUUUUCAUGCUCGCGUGCAGCGGGGCUCCAAACUACCCUGCCUUGCUCACAUUUCGUCUCCUGUGCGGGAUCAACGCCGCCGCUCCGACGAGUGUCCUCGGCGGGCUGUACGCGGACAUUUUUGACGACCCUUCGAUCCGGGGCAAUGCAAUGGCCCUUUAUAUGACUGUCACGACGAUUGGGCCCUUGAUCGGUCCUAUCAUCUCCGGAUUCUCCUCCCAGAUGUCGUGGCGCUGGCCAUUCUGGAUUGCUGGGAUGAUUGCAGCCUUGGGUCUUCCUCUGGUUUUGACGCUUCCCGAGACUUACGCGCCGGUCCUCCACAACAAAGCCGCUAUAAAGAGAUUCAAUAAGUACGGCGCAGAGAUCGCGAGCGGACAGCAGCUUGAACUCAAGCCGUUCGACGCCCAGAAGAUAUUUCUUCGUCCUGUUACCCUCCUUGUCACCGAGCCAAUACUCUUUUGUACCUCUGCGUACUUAGCCCUGGCUUAUGCUGUUUUCUAUCUUCUAUUCCAAGCAUAUCCCGUCAUUUUCCAAGACUUCUACGGGCUUUCACCAGCCAUUGCCGGCCUGGCGUUCAUACCGCAGGCUAUUGGUGUAAUCCUUGCCUUGUUGAUGUUUGCUGCCUUUACGUGGUAUCACGAUCACCAAAGCAAGGCGGGUGCCAAUUGGACCAACAACCAGAUCUACCGCAGACUACCUCUUGCAUGUAUCGCGUCUCCUUGUAUGGUAAUCUCCAUGUUCUGGCUCGGUUGGACUGUCUGGCCCUCUGUGUCUCCCAUCGUGCCUAUGCUGAGCGGCAUCUUCUUCGGCUGCGGCUUUCAGAUGCUUUUUAUGGGCAUGAUCAAUUAUUUGACAGACGUCUUCCGUCAGUAUUCUGCAUCGGCACACGCCGCUGCCAGCAUGACACGAUCCAUAGGGGCGAUUACACUGCCCCUCGCCGCCAACAGGAUGUACUCGGACCUCGGGACUCAUUGGGCACCGUCGGUAUUAGGCUUCAUUGCGUUGGUGAUGGGAGUGAUUCCAUUUGUUUUCAUUCGAUAUGGAGACCGUUUAGCAAGCAGCAGUAGAACAGCACGUGAGGCUUUCGGGGUAAAGGAUUAAGUUACUCGCAGUCCCUUACCUCCCUAAUUAAGGUUAGAUAACUAACUCUAGACCUAUUAAUGUUCAUUAAUAUUUCUUAAACAAUAAA